CCCCCCUCCCCCAGCCGCCUUGUGCAAAGAUGGCUGCACCGUGAGCGCAGAGGAGGAGGAGGCGGCGGCGGCGGCGGCGAGAGAGCGAGCACCCAGAGCCCGCACCCACCCCGGGGCCGCCCGGGACGCCCCCUCCUGAGCGCGCGCCCCCCCUUCUCUCUUGCAAGGGCUGGGGCAAAGGCGGAGACAGCGGGGUCCCUCCUCCCCCCUCUUUCCCUCCAGGGGGAACCCCCCUUCCCCCCUCCUUGGCUCGGCGGCUGCACCCCCUCCCUUGCCCGCCCCUCCGCCCCUGUCCCCUCCCUCCCCCGCCCGGGGCCUUCCCGGGCCUUCGGCGGCUGCAAAGAAAAAGAGAGAGAGAGAGAGAGAGAAGGGAAAAAAAAGCAACAGCGGAGGGAGAGGCGGCGGAGGAGAGCGCGCGCGCGCCCCCUCCCUCCCUCCCUCCCUCCCCCUCCCCCAAUUUCCACCGCGGCCAAUUCAUGGACAGGAACUACCCCAGCGCCGGCUUCGGGGACCCGCUCGGCGCCGGGGCGGGAUGGAGUUACGAGAGGUCAGCGAAAGCUAGCUUGGUCUAUGGCAGCUCCAGGACCUCACACCCCGAGACGGACAUCUUACACCGCCAGGCCUACGCGGCCCCCCACCCACUGCAAAGCUAUGCCACCAACCACCACCCGGCAGGCCUCUCUGGACUCUUCGACACUGGCCUCCAUCACGCAGGCUCAGCAGGGCCCGACGCCUCCGUCAUGAACCUCAUCUCGGCCCUGGAGUCCCGGGGCCCGCAGCCUGGCCCUUCUGCCUCCUCUCUUCUUUCCCAGUUCCGCAGUCCUUCCUGGCAAACAGCCAUGCACACGCCAGGCCCCACGGAGCUCUUCAUCUCAGGCGCCCUGCCCGGUUCCAGCACAUUUCCAUCCUCCUCCGCCCUUUCGGCUUAUCAGCACCCGGCUUCCUUUGGCAGCCGCCCCUUCCCAGUUCCCUCUUCCCUCACCCUCCAGGAUCCCCCGUUUAGUCCCCCAGCUAAUGGGCUCCUGUCCCCCCAUGACGUGCUGCACCUGAAGCCCUCGCAGGCACCCACGGUGCCCUCCUCGCUAGGUUUUGAGCGCCUGGCGGGGGGUGGUGUCCUGGGGCCCGCUGGUCUCGGCCCAGCCCAAACCCCACCUUACCGCCCUGGUCCCCCAGACCCACCCCCACCUCCCCGCCACCUCCCGACUCAGUUCAACCUGCUGGCUUCCUCUUCCGCUGCUGCCGCCGCCGCAGCCGAACAAUCCUCUCCACAGCUCUACAACUUCUCGGGUGCUGCCCCCGGCCCGCCGCCCCCUGAGCGGGCCCUGCCCCGCCAGGACACCGUCAUCAAGCACUACCAGCGGCCCGCCAGUGCCCAGCCGCCCCCACCCCCACCCCCAGCCCAUGCCCUCCAGCACUACCUGAGCUGCGGAGGAAGCUACGCUUCCAUGGGCCAUCGGGCCAACUUGGCCUGCAGCCCGCUGGGCGGUGGGGAACCCUCCCCUGGCGCUGGUGAGCCUAGCAAAGCUGGGCCCAGUGGAGCCACGGCCGGGGCAUCAGGCAGGGCUGCAGGCCCUGAGGCAGCUGGAGGAGGUGGUGCAGGAGGUGGCGGUGGAGGUUACCGCCCCAUCAUUCAGUCGCCUGGUUACAAGACGGGCAAAGGUGGUUACGGGGCAGCUGCGGGCGGUGCCAGUAGGCCCCCACCAGCCCGUUCGACCGCCACACCCAAAUGCCAGAGCCUAGGUGGGCCAGCAGCGGCCUAUGCCACUGGGAAGGCCUCCGGGGCUGGAGGAGCAGGAGGCCAGGCCUAUUCCCCCGGUCAGCCCCAAGGGCUUCUAGGACCCCAGGCUUAUGGGCAGGGGUUCGGAGGGGGUCAAGCACAGGACUUGAGCAAAGGCCCUAGUUACUCAGGGGGGCCCCAGCAGCCCCCGAGUGGUCCCCCGCCUCCUGGCCUAGCCACGUGUCAGAGCUAUUCCCCAGACCAGCUGCAGGGGCAGCUGUAUGGGGUGCAGGGUGAGCCGUACCCGGGGCCAGCUGCCCACUCCCAGGGUCUGCCCACGGCCAGCCCCUCACUCAGCUACAGUACUGGCCAUUCCCCAGCACUCUCGGGCCAUGGAGGCGGUUGGGGGCCCAGCUCCCUGGGGGGCGGCGGAGAGGCCAGCCCUUCUCACAUCAUCCGCCCACUGCAGUCGCCACCUGCCCCCGGCCGCCCGCCCGGAGUUGGCUCUCCGGGAGCCCCUGGCAAAUACCUGAGCUCUGUCCUGGCCUCAGCCCCGUUCCUGGCACCCCCAGGGGCCAGCAGCUAUGCAGCUGGAGCAGGUGGCUACAAGGGCAAGGGGGACGGCUCCGAGCUGCUGGCGGGCCCCGGCGGGCCUCCCGCUGAGCGUACGGAGGAUGAAGAAUUCCUCAUUCAGCACCUCCUCCAGGCGCCCAGCCCCCCGCGGACCUCAGGGGCAGAUGGCCUGGUGGGCGAAGAUGGGGCGGCAGAUGCCUCCAAGGGACUUGGGGGGAGUGGCGGGGCUGGGGGUCCCCCAGGCACACCCUACGAGCUGGCCAAGGAAGACCCCCAGAGGUACCAUCUGCAGAGCGUCAUCCGGACCAGCGCCAGCCUUGACGAGGGUGCCACCGCGGCCCUGGAGCUGGGCCUGGGGCGGCUGAAGGAGAAGAAGAAAGGGCCGGAACGGGGUGGCGAGACCCCCGAGGGGCUGGCCACCUCAGUUGUCCACUACGGGGCAGGUGCCAAGGAGCUGGGGGCCUUCCUCCAAAAGAGCCCUCCGCCCCCCCAACCCACGGCCCAGUCGGCCCAGCCUGCCCCCCACGGCCUCCUCCUAGAGGCGGGGGGCCCCGACCUCCCACUGGUGCUGCCGCCCCCUCCUCCCCAGCUGCUCCCCUCGGUCCUCAGCCACGCUCCCAGCCCCUCCUCCAGUGCUCCCAAAGUCGGCGUCCACCUCCUUGAGCCGGCCGCCCGAGAUGGGGCACCCCAGCCGCCCCCGCCACCGCCCCCACCCCCACCGCCCAUGCCCCUCCAGCUUGAGGCCCACCUCCGCAGCCACGGCCUGGAGCCCGGUGCCCCCAGCCCCCGCCUGCGGCCGGAGGAGAGCCUGGAGCCGCCCGGUGCCAUGCAAGAAUUGCUGGGGGCCCUGGAGCCGUUGCCCGCUGGGCCCGGUGACACUGGCGUGGGCCCGCCCAACACCGAGGGCAAGGAUCCCUCCGGUGCCUACCGCAGCCCCAGCCCGCAAGGCACCAAGGCCCCCCGCUUCGUGCCGCUCACCUCCAUCUGCUUCCCUGACUCCUUGCUCCAAGACGAGGAGCGCAGUUUCUUCCCCACCAUGGAGGAGAUGUUCGGCGGAGGGCCGGCGGACGACUAUGGCAAGGCUGGGCCGCCCGAGGACGAGGGCGAUCCCAAGGCGGGGACCGGGCCACCCCCCGGCCCUCCUGCCUAUGAUCCCUACGGGCCCUACUGCCCUGGUCGGGCCACUGGAGCCGGCCCUGAGACUCCGGGCCUGGGCCUGGACCCCAACAAGCCCCCCGAGCUGCCCUCCACGGUCAAUGCUGAGCCCCUGGGCCUGAUCCAGAGUGGGCCGCACCAGGCGGCCCCCCCACCCCCGCCUCCCCCGCCGCCGCCUCCGCCCCCUGCCUCGGAGCCCAAGGGAGGCCUGACCUCGCCCAUCUUCUGCUCUACCAAGCCAAAGAAGCUGCUCAAGACGUCCUCCUUCCACCUGCUGCGGCGCCGUGACCCACCCUUCCAGACACCCAAGAAACUGUAUGCCCAGGAGUACGAGUUUGAGGCUGAUGAGGACAAAGCUGACGUGCCCGCUGACAUCCGCCUCAACCCCCGGCGCCUGCCUGACCUGGUGUCCAGCUGCCGCUCCCGCCCGGCUCUCUCCCCGCUGGGUGACAUAGACUUCUGUCCACCCAACCCAGGCCCUGACGGCCCCCGGCGCAGAGGUCGCAAACCCACCAAGGCCAAGCGUGAUGGGCCGCCCCGGCCCCGCGGGAGACCCCGGAUUCGCCCACUGGAGGUCCCCACCACCGCUGGGCCAGCCUCAGCCUCCACUCCUGCUGAUGGGGCCAAGAAACCUCGGGGCCGGGGCCGGGGCCGGGGCAGGAAGGCCGAGGAGGCAGGGGGCACUCGGCUGGAGCCCCUGAAACCACUGAAGAUCAAGCUGUCUGUGCCCAAGGCCGGCGAUGGUCUGGGAGCCUCCUCGGGCGAUGCCAUGUCGGGAGCUGACCACAACAGCCUGGACUCCAGCCUCACUCGGGAGAAGAUUGAGGCCAAGAUCAAGGAGGUGGAGGAGAAGCAGCCUGAGAUGAAGUCCGGCUUCAUGGCUUCGUUCCUGGACUUUCUCAAGUCAGGCAAGCGCCAUCCACCACUCUACCAGGCCGGCCUGACACCCCCGCUCAGCCCCCCCAAGAGUGUGCCGCCCACCGUGCCGGCCCGGGGCCUGCCUCCCCAGCCCCCCACCGCCCCCACUGUGCCACACCCCCCACCCGCCAGCGCCUUUGGGCUGGGGGGCGCGCUGGAGGCCGCUGAGAGCGAGGGGCUGGGGCUCGGCUGCCCUUCGCCCUGCAAGCGACUGGACGAGGAGCUGAAGCGGAACCUGGAGACCCUGCCCUCCUUCUCCUCCGACGAGGAAGACUCUGUUGCCAAGAACCGGGACCUCCAGGAGAGCAUCUCCUCGGCCAUCUCUGCUCUCGACGACCCGCCGCUGGCCGGGCCUAAGGACGCCUCCACUCCGGAUGGGCCCCCCUUGGCUGCAGAGGCUGCAGUCCCCGGGCCACCACCGCUCCCGGGGCUCCCCAGUGCCAGCAGCAGUGGCACACCUGAGCCCCCGCUGCUGGAGGAGAAGCCCCCGCCCUCGCCGCCUCCCGCCCCGACACCGCAGCCGCCGCCCGCACCGCCAGCCCUGCCCUCGCCACCCCCACUGGUGGCCCCCGUGCCCAGCUCGCCGCCGCCGCCGCCACCACCCGCUCCUGCACCGCCGGCCUUGCCGUCGCCGCCCGCCCCCGCGCCCCCGCCGCCGCCGCCGCCGCCGCCCCCACCGGCCGCCGCGCCCCCGCCCACUGAGGAGCCGGCUGCCCCGUCGCCGGAGGACCCGGAGCCGCCCGACGCCCGGCCCCUGCACCUGGCCAAGAAGCAGGAGACGGCAGCCGUGUGCGGGGAGACGGACGAGGAGGCGGGCGAGAGUGGCGGGGAGGGCAUCUUCCGGGAGCGCGAUGAGUUCGUCAUCCGCGCCGAGGACAUCCCUUCCCUCAAGCUGGCCUUGCAGACCGGCCGCGAGCCCCCACCCAUCUGGCGAGUCCAGAAGGCGCUGCUGCAGAAAUUCACUCCGGAAAUCAAGGAUGGACAGCGGCAGUUUUGUGCCACCAGUAAUUAUUUGGGGUAUUUCGGGGACGCCAAAAACCGGUACCAGCGCCUCUACGUCAAGUUCCUGGAAAACGUCAACAAGAAGGAUUACGUGAGGGUCUGUGCUCGGAAACCUUGGCACCGGCCCCCAGUGCCUGUCAGGCGCUCUGGGCAGGCCAAGGGCCCCGUGUCUGCUGGGGGUAGCGCCGCACCGCCCCCCAAGGCCCCGGUACCACCUCCUAAGCCCGAGAACCCUGACAAGACGACGUCCGAGAAGCCCCCCGAGCAGACGACUGAGACGGCCGUGCCUGAGCCCCCUGCCCCCGAGAAGCCGUCGCCACCACGGCCCGUGGAGAAGGAGAAGGAGAAAGAGAAGGAGAAAGAGAGGGCAACGCGCGCGGAACGGCCGCUGCGGGGCGAGCGGGGCAUGGGUGGCCGGCAGAUUCGGCCGGAUCGGAACCUCACCACGGGCCAGCCUGCCACCUCCCGGCUGCCCAAGUCCCGACCCACCAAGGUGAAGGCCGAGCCGCCCCCCAAGAAGAGGAAGAAGUGGCUGAAGGAGGCGGCGGGCAGCGCCUCGGCAGGCGGGGGCCCACCGGGCAGCUCCUCGGAUUCGGAGUCAUCCCCCGGGGCCCCCAGCGAGGACGAGCGGGCAGUACCUGGGCGUCUGCUGAAGACCCGGGCGAUGCGGGAAAUGUACCGGAGCUACGUGGAGAUGCUGGUGAGCACAGCACUUGACCCAGACAUGAUCCAGGCCCUGGAGGACACGCAUGACGAGCUGUACCUCCCGCCCAUGCGGAAGAUUGAUGGCCUCCUGAAUGAGCACAAGAAAAAAGUCCUGAAGCGGCUGUCGCUGAGCCCAGCCCUGCAGGACGCCCUGCACACGUACCCCCAGCUGCAAGUGGAGCAAAGUGGAGAGGGCUCCCCCGAGGAGGGGGCCGUGCGGCUGCGGCCAGCCGGGGAACCCUACAAUCGCAAGACGCUCAGCAAGCUCAAGAGGAGCGUGGUCCGAGCCCAGGAGUUCAAGGUUGAACUGGACAAAUCGGGAUACUACACGCUCUACCACUCACUCCACCACUAUAAGUACCACACCUUCCUGCGCUGCCGGGACCAGACCCUGGCCAUUGAGGGCGGCGCGGAGGACCUGGGCCAGGAGGAGGUAGUCCAGCAGUGCAUGCGGAAUCAGCCGUGGCUGGAACAGCUCUUUGACUCCUUCAGCGACCUGCUGGCCCAAGCACAGGCCCACAGCCGCUGCGGGUGACCCCACCCUGGCCUGGGGGGGGAACCACCUCCUCCUUGAACCAAGAAUGGGGACAGAACUGUGCCCUCAGGAGUUAACCCCUGGGCCCCGUCACUGGGGAAGGGGGGGGUCAUUGGUCAGGGUGUGUCCGUGCUGCCCCCAGAGGGCAGAGUUCGAAGUUCGACUCCCCCCCACCUCCCAAGCCCUCUCUACUCCCUCCCCUUUCCCCCCACUGUCGGUGUACAGAGAAAUUAUUUAUAUAUAUGUAUAAAUGUCUAUUUAGUAACGGUUUCCCUCCCCCACCUUGCCCUGAUCCCCCCUCCAUGGCCAUAGCCCCAGCCCCCUCCACCUUGUACAUAAUGUAUAGGAAAAGUCUAUGUAUGGUUGAGGGGGGCGGGGUGGCUUCAGAGAGCUGGGGGACCCCUUUCCCCCUCCCCGCAAGCCUUCCCUCACAGGCCAAGAUCUUUGCUAAAGGCCAUUCCCUCCCCAGGGCAUUUGGCGUCGGGUGGGAGGGGGAAAAGCAUCUUGUUAAUUAUUUUUAAUCUUAUUUAUUGUACAUACCUGGGGCGGGGGUCUGGGGAGGUGGAGGGGGGAGAAGGGUCCCCUCCCUUUGCCCCUCCCACUCCUUUUCUACUGCGAUUUGUCUGUGUCUGCCCCCUCCACCCCCAUCCCCUUGUCAUCUGGAUGUGGUUCUAUUUUUUAUCGGUCUCUUCUCUUCUCCCUCUCUCUAACCCCUCUGCUCCCAUCUCCCCACCACCCUUUGUCUCUUGCUCUUUCUUGGGCUUCUGUACAACUCAACUUGUAUACACUGUGUACACACAACCAGCCAAACGAAAACCCAACGGCAAACACUUUA